AUGUUGAACCUAUUUCUGAACAUCUCAUUCAAAUCAACACUUUUCCAAAAAUGCAUCAAUCCAAAUUUACUACAAAUCAGAACGAAAAUGAAGUCACAUAAAGCUAUAACGAGCAGGCUAAUUAAACGAACAUCAGGGUUGAAGAGAAAACAUGCUGGAUUGAACCAUGGUUUAGGCAGGUUUAGUACGCCAUCAUUGAAACAUUUAAGAGGAAUGACUACAGUUAAAAAAGAAGGCGGUUAUCUAAAGAAAAUGUAUCCUCAUGCUUAA